AGAGGAGUGCCUGGAAAGCUCCCGCGGAAAGCUCAGCCUCUUGAGGCUGGCUUCACAGCGUGCCGCUCACUAGGAUUGAGAAAGUCAAGGAACGCUUCACAGCCCCGGGAUUCAACCAGCACGGAGCCUGCCGAGGCAGAGAACCGCAACGGCAAACCCAGGCGGAUCCUGGAGCAGCAGCCGCCUCUCCCCUGCUCUUUUACCCUGGAUUCGUGUGCCUCCUGCUCCCGAAAAUCGGCUGGAAAUCCAUCGUGCCUUUCCUUCAGGGCCGGUGAGCUCUGCCAGCCAGAGCCUGGUCUCCUCUCUGCCAGCUCUGGAGCUGGGGCAGGCAGAGCCUUUAUCCAUGCGGGUGGACCAGGGCUCCCAGCAGACUGCCGGAGCUCCCAGCCCAUCCCGGCUGAGCGGCAGAUGAUCCAGAGCACUGCCCCGAAAGAGGUGUGCUGGGGGAACCAGGGCCAGGACGCAAGGUACCCGUUUCGUUUCUGAUUAAUACUUGUGGAUGAAUGCUGUAAAUAAAUAGGAGCCGAGAAGAUCGCAAAGAAAGUCAGCGAGCCGCGCCGGGGAAUUCAUUCGCUCGUAGACAACAUGCGGCUGCUUUGCAGCCUCCUGCGAGCGCAAACAUUCUUUCUUGCCCAUGCCAAAGACUGACCGCAUCUCUCUCCUGCUUUACUUGUACCGUGGAGGAUAUUUAAGCAAGAACAUGUACAGUGAACUGCUAAAUUCAACCAGUGCCACCGAAGCUCACCUCAUCAUUCAGACCAACACGCCCUACCUGAGCGGCACUCCCAGACCCGUGAGCUCCUCUGCCUUUUACAUGUCCACGGCCAGGGUCUUAAAGGAAGGGGAGAUCAACAAGCCAGACCUGGUGACUUACAUCAUCAUGUUUUUCUUUCUGCUCUUGACUGUGACACUCAUUGUGCUCUUCAUCAACUGCCAGCUGAAAAACUCUUUUUUCGCCACUCUUCCUUACGACAGAUCGCUCCGAGAGGCGAGGAGCCCGUGGAGGACACAAGCUGUCUGACCCUAGAGAGAAACUAUGGCUUGCACCAGCAGCAGCAGGCACCGGGAACCCUCCCCGCGCAAGAAAGGGCCGCUGCUGCGGGGCAGCGAACGGAGGGGACCCUCCGUAGGCUGCGUGGCAGGAAGAGACUGCUGAAAAACCUGCUGCACGCAAAGGGGAACGGCUGUAAAUAAAAAGCUCUGCUCUGAAGCAAGGGGAGAAGGGGUUAGCAAAUUGAAACGGUUCCGCGCAAAAACCCCGACCCACGAUCGCACAGGAGGCUCUAGAUGUAUGCAAAUGUCACCCUCCACCCCUGCGGCGUCCGUACAAGGGUAUUUGCGCUCGCAAGAGGCGCCGGUUUGGGCAGCUGGUGGAGCUUUUCCCCCACGUUUAGGAAGCCAUAGCAUCAAAUGUGAAAAAACCGCCCCCCCAGGGUGUUAACCUCACAGCUCCGCGCUGAGGGGAUGAGUUUGCUCUCCAGACCCAUUUCUCUCAACUGCUGCUGAAACUGCGUGGUAAUGCAAUGGGAGUCCUGCCAGGCAAGAGGAGAAAAUGUGGUGGUGGUGGUGGGAAAAUGCUUCUUUAAGCUUUUGAUUGUCAUUCUGGCAAGGGGGGCUGUGCUGCUUUUCCUGCACCCUCCAUCAGGUUUUGAGUUACCAGUUCUGUGACACACCAAAUACCCGAGGAAUUUGUUUGCAGCUUUCUUAAGCUACAAAAGAAAACUUAUUUGCCAUGGCAUGCAACCAAAAUAAACCAGGGUGGGGAGAAGGAAGGAGAGAAAAGAAAUAUCGUUGGCAGUGUGUAAGCUAAUGAAAGGGGAGAGCAGAGUGCUCCGAGUUCAGGACACAGAGGAGAGAACUGCUGGGAGCCAGAGGUCAGUGUUUGAGAGAGGAGAAGUUGCUUGCAGGCACAGCAUCCCCACUCCUUGCUCUUUAGAUACACCUAGCACAACUGGAAGCAUGCUUAGCAUUCUGGCAUCAGCUUGAUUCACCAGCAAAGCUCAUCACCUGAAAUGCUCACCCAUCCCAGUUUUGCUCUCCCAGCCUCUGCUUCCCCUUGGCAGCCGAGCUGCUGCUGCUGCACAGCUGCUGCUUUCUAGCAAACUCCCAGGCCGGCCCCAGCUCCAGCACACACACUCAUCAA